UUGUCUCUUAGUCUCCUUCCUUCUUUGUAUUUCCUUCAUUUUUUCUUCCUUCAUUUCUAUUUUGAAUUUAUUUUUGUUUGAAUAAAUGUCUCGAAUUUGUGUAAUUAUUAUUCCUUGUUUUUCAUUUCUUUUAAUUGUAUAUACACGGGCUUGAAUCUGAAAAAUGAAAUUAAUGGUCACAAAAUCUUAAAACUACCUUAUUUUGUAUUGCAAUGAUGUAGAAAUUAGAUCAUGCACAAUAUAUGGUUGUGAUUGUUCAUCUUACAAAUUUAUUGGUAUUGAUUUAUACAUGUCAUUAUCUAGAAGUUUCUUUUGUGUUAUUAUUUAUUUGAAGUUGUAUACGAUAUUUAUGAAUAAAAGUUAAUAAAAAAUGAAAUUUUUACUAUUACAAGUUGUUUACAUACGAUCCUUUAAAUUAUGCUUAGGUGGAAGCCGAAUGAUAUGAAAGUCAAUAUAAUAGAUAUUGUGAGACUGUCUCUUUGUUAGACGACCUUAACACAAGGUGUUCAUAUGUUAAUACAGUCUAUAUAUAAAGACAGUCUUACAGUAAGACUGUCUUACACAAGAAUUUGUGAUAGUAGAUUGCAUGACAUAAUAUCAAUUAUCAAGUUUGACGCAACAAAUAUUCUCUGAAAUUAGUAGAUUAGAUCUUCUUUUUUUUUUUUUUUAAUAAUUUUUAAUUUUAUGCAGCCAUCUGUUUUAGGGAAAUUCUUAUCUUGUUGUAUGAUUUGAUUAUGGGUGUAAGCAAUCAAAGUUAAACAGCAAUUUGGGUCUUAAUCAGAUGUCAAUUUAAACCAAUAACAUGAUGCUACUUAUCACUGUUAGACUGUUUCAUUAAAAAAUUGGUAAUGCAACUCUAUUUCUUAAUAUAGUAAUAAUUGGAUAUGGAUAAUAUUAUAAAUUUUUUUGGGAAUUUUUAUAAAUAUUAGCCACAAUAUUCUAAAUUUUCUGGGAUUUUCUGUAUUAAAAUUUUCACUCUGGUGUAUAGAUAUGGAAUCUGGGUUGAGCUUGUUCCCAUUACACAAGUGUAAAAUUCUUCACCUGGUUAGGCAUGCAGAAGGGAUUCACAACAUAGAAGGUGCUGAGAAGUAUAAAAGAUCUCCUGAGAUGAUUGAUCCUUGCCUCUCACAGCUGGGAUGGGAGCAGGCUGAGACUCUCAGAAAACAUGUUUGUGCGAGUGGGCUGCUGCAGAGAAUUGAGCUAGUCAUUACCUCUCCUUUAUUGAGGACAAUGCAAACUGCAGCUAUCGUCUUUGGUGGGGAUGCCGAUAAGAAUGGGAUGAAUGCAUCCCCUUUAAUGGUGCAAAAUGCGAAGAACGACCAUACAGAAAUAUCAAGUCGCAACUGCCCACCAUUCGUAGCACACGAGCUCUGUCGAGAGCGCUUGGGAGUCAAUACAUGUGAUAAGAGGCGAAGCAUUAGUGAACAAAAGAAUCUAUUUCCAGCCAUCGAUUUCUCCCUCAUAGAAAGUGAUGAAGACAGCUUGUGGAAUGCGGAUGUUAGGGAGUCAGAUGAGGAGCUUGCAGUGCGAGGAAUGAAGUUUAUGAACUGGCUGUGGACUAGGAAGGAGAACGAGAUAGCUAUCGUCACCCACAGCGCAUUUUUGUUUCAAACCCUGCCAGAGUUUGUUUACGAUUGCCACCCAUCGACAAAAAACGAGAUUUGCACAUUCUUUACAAAUUCUGAACUUCGUUCUGUGGUUUUGGUAGACAGAAGUUUGAAAGGGGUACCUGCAACAAACUAUCCAAGAAGAAUUCCUUUUGGACUUGACUCACCAAGUGAUGACCUUGUAAAUGCAAAACAAGAAUCUCAAGACGAUUCGUUUCAAGAGAACGGUAGAGGAAACCGAGAAUAGAAUAAUAUUAGGUUUUGUCAGCGAUUCGUUUAACCAUGGCAGAUUGUAUUUAGUCGUGUCAAAAACGAUUGAUUGAGUUGUUUUGGAUCCAUUUGAUUUGAGUGUUUGAGACAUCGGGUCGAUUCAUUUAAGGAUAUUAGUGCUUAUGAGUAUGUUGUGCACCACUUAUAAUGAUGACUUCCUUCUAUCUAUUUGUAAGAAUAAUCUCGAGUUCCUUCUAAGGACGGUUAUGGUAUUGAUUUUUGACUUAGAUAAUGGAAUGAAUUAAGGCAAAUUUAAAUAGAAAA